AUGAAAUUAAGACCAAAUUUGAACAAAAAGUUGGUUUCUCAAUCCCAAGUUUUCACAAUGUCAACUUCAUCUACUGAAAACGAAGAAAUAAAACCGUUUCAAGGCCACGGUCCUAAUGAAGAAGCCAUUCUUACGCAAAGAAGAAACACCAACGAUGAUGAAGUAAUCGACACAAACUCAAUACUAUCACGUAAAGAGUCUCAACUUAUAAUGAAUACUGAAUCAGUAUAUCAAACUGCAUCAACAUCACUGAAACCAUUACCGCCAAUGGGUGAUGGGAGACCAUAUCCCCCAAUGUUACCAUCAAGACAACCUUAUGAGGUUUGUUUUAAUGGUCCUAAUGAUCCAGAUCAUCCAUAUAAUUUUCCAUUAUGGAAGAAACUCCUUUAUGGUAUAUCGGUGGUUAUUGCCCCUCUUAGUGUUUCUUUAGGAUCGGCUAUGUUUUCUCAAGGAACUGAGCAAAUAAUGGAAACCUAUCAUGUGGGUUGGACUGUAGCUUCAUUAGGUACUUCAUUAUUUAUAUUUGGGUUUGCAUCGGGACCCGUUUUCUGGGGCCCUUUAAGUGAAUUAUUUGGAAGGAAAAUAAUUAUGAUUCUAUCGGGGUUUUUAUACGAAUGUUUUUCAUUUGCUGUUGCUACAGGCAAGGAUAUACAAACUAUUAUCAUUUGCCGUUUUUUUGCAGGAUUCCUAGGUUCAGCUUCAUAUGUUUUAUCUCCUGCUAUUUUAGCUGAUAUGUUUAACAGUAAAUCAAGAGGAAGAGCCAUUACCGUAUUUUCAAUGGUUUUAUUUGGUGGUCCUAUGCUCGGUCCAAUAUUUGGUGGAUUCACAGUUAAGAAUUCUUCUUUAGGAUGGAGAUGGACCUCUUAUUUCUGUGGUAUUAUAGGGGCUUUAUCAUUGGUAAUGAAUGCUUUUGUGUUGGAAGAAACCCAUCAUCCAUUGAUCUUGGUUGGACGAGCAGAAGAUUUGAGAAGAAGAACGGGAAAUUGGGGAAUUUAUGCUGCUCAUGAAGAAGUUAAAUUGAGUAUUAGAGAAAUUAUCGAAAAUAACGUUGCUAGACCACUUAAAAUGUUGGUAACAGAACCAAUUCUUUUCUUUGCUUCCUUGUACAAUGGAUUUGUGUAUGCAAUAUUGUAUUGUUGUUUGACAGCCAUACCUACAGUUUUUGAAGGCAGAUAUCAUUUUUCAAUGGGAGUUGCUGAAUUGCCAUAUUUGUCAAUGUUAAUUGGAGAGAUUAUAGGUGCUGGAAUUGUUACAUUAUAUGAUAUAAAAUUCCAGCGAAUUGCUAGAGAACAAGGCAAACUAGACCCAGAAGCAAAAUUACAGCCUUUAAUCAUUGGAGGAUUCAGUUUCAUUAUUGGUCUUUUCUGGUUUGGUUGGUGUGGUGAUUAUGCUGAACAUGUGCAUUGGAUAGUACCAACAAUCGCAGUUGCAUUUAUCGGAAAUGGAUUGAUCACCAUCUUCUUGCCAUGUUUCAAUUAUAUUAUUGAUUGCUUUUUGGUGGUUUCUGCAAGUGCCAUGGCAGCCAAUACUUUUGUGAGAUCAUGUUUGGCAUGCGCUUUCCCCUUGUUUAGUCGUCAAAUGUUUAACAAUUUAACCAUUAAAUGGGCAAUCACAUUGUUGGGGUGCCUUGGGGCAUUGUUAUUACCUGUCCCAUUUUUUUUCUUGAAGUAUGGUAAGAAAUUAAGACAGAAAUCCAAAUAUGCUUUUGUCGAAUAG